UGGUAACUCUAGUACGUACAUUCCUAGAGCAAGCUAAGAGAGAGUAAGUACAUUGUGUGAUCAGAAUGGCGGAUUGGGGGCCGGUUGUGAUCGCGUUGGUGCUAUUCGUGUUGCUCUCGCCGGGGUUGCUAUGUCAAAUUCCGGGGAAGGGAAGGAUGGUUGAGUUUGCUAACUUGCAAACAAGCGGCGUUUCCAUACUUAUUCAUACCAUAAUCUACUUUGGCCUCAUUACUAUCUUCCUUAUUGCUAUUGGUGUUCAUAUCUACACUGGCUAGUUAUAUAAAGUCUUCAGCUUAAAUAAUUAUAAUAUCUUGUUACUAUUAUAUUGUUUACAUUUUUGGGUGUUCUAAUUGUAAGUUUGGUUGUUUUGAGUGUGCAGUGCUUAUUUAUCAAUACAAGUAUGUAUCAUGCACUAUUGCACGUGACAACUACAUACAAUAUUUAUCAAGAGUAAUUAGCUAAAUUAUACGAUGUACAUGUUUUGCCAAUGUAUGUGAUCAUUGUUAAUGUCAGUUAUUCAA